AUGUACAGCCUAAGAGAAAGGAAGGGCUGUGUUUACCAAGAGGUCACCGAGCCCCAGGAUGAUGACUACCUUUAUUGCAAGAAAUGUCAGAACUUCAUCAACAGCUGUGCUGUGCAUGGACCCCCUACAUUUAUAAAGGACAGUGCAGUGGACAAGGGGCAUCCCCACCGCUCAGCCCUCACCCUGCCCCCUGGGUUGCGAAUCAGGCCAUCCUGCAUCCCUGAGGCUGGGCUUGGAGUGUGGAAUGAGGCAGCUGAUUUGCCAGUGGGUCUGCACUUUGGCCCUUAUGCAGGACACAUCACAGAAGAUGAAGAGGCAGCCAAGAGCAGAUACUCCUGGCUGAUCACCAAAGGGAGAAACUGCUAUGAGUAUGUGGAUGGAAAGGACAGAUCCUGGGCCAACUGGAUGAGGUUUGUGAACUGUGCUCGGGAUGAUGAAGAGCAGAACCUGGUGGCCUUUCAAUACUAUGGGCAGAUUUCCUACCGAACCUGUCAGGUCAUCAGGCCAGGCUGUGAGCUGCUGGUCUGGUUCGGGGACGAGUAUGGCCGGGAGCUGGGCAGCAAGUGGGGCAGGAAGUAG